AUGAUUGUUAGUUCAUGGAAUGUUAGGGGGUUACGAGGUGAUGGGAAGUUGCGAAUGGUGAAGGAACUUAGGAAUAAAUAUAAGUUAGACAUGGUUGGGUUGAUUGAAACCAAAAUGCAGGUAGUGACGAGAUUUGACGUUAUAAGAAUUUGGGGGAAUGACGGUGUAGGAUGGGAAUAUGUAGGGUCUGAUGGUGCCUCCGGUGAACUGUUGUUAAUUUGGAAUGACUUGGUGUUUAGUAUGAAUAAUUGCUACAAAGGAGAAAGGUGGUUGUGUGUUAAAGGAGUAAUGUUAAAGAGACGGUUCAAUUGUUCUUUUAUCUUGGUCUACAUAGCACAUAAUAGAACAGAGAAGAAUCAUGUCUGGGAGGAGCUGAGCUAUAUAGCUGGGUUAUGUCAAACUCCUUGUUGCUUUCUGGGAGACUUUAAUGAAAUAGUACAUGAAGGGGAAAGAAAAGGUGGUACUAGUUUGAAUCGGUCUGCGGAAGAAUUUAAGAUUUGGAUACAAGACAUGAAUUUAGUGGAUAUGCCCCUCUCUGAUCACAAGUUUACAUGGUUCAGGGGAUGCUCUUAUAGCCGGAUAGAUAGCGCUUUGCUGAGUUUAGAGUGGUUAGAAGAGUUCCUGGAGUCUCGGCUGCGAGGUGGGCCAAGGGGCUUGUCAGACCAUUGCCCUAUAAUAAUGGAGAACAGGAAGUUGGCGUGUGGUCCAAGGCCGUUCCGAAGCUUAGACUCAUGGUUCACGCAUGAGGGCUUCCUUAGAAUGGUGAACGAGGAGUGGAAAGGGUUGGGGGACAAACCUUUCACAGAUAAAUUGAAGGCUUUGACUAUUCCACUGGGGAGAUGGCAUAAGGACAAGUUUGGUGAGAUUGACAAGAAAAUUGUAAAGUUUGAGGAAGAAAUCAAGAGACUUGAUGAUAUGGUAAGUAAUGGAGUGUAUGAUGGAACAAUGGAGGCUAGAAGAAAGGCGCUGGUCACUUGCUGUGAGAGAUGGUAUGUGAGAAAAGAGUUACAUUAG